GCGUGGGCCUUCAGCAGGGGAGCAGCUCGACGUGAACGGGACGAGAUCGAGUUGAGUUACCGUCGCCGCGAACAAACCCUAAUUCCAGAUCAAUUCCCUCCGACGACCUAGGCUAUGGCUUCCAUGGCGUCCAAGCUCGCGCGGGCAGCCUUCGCAACCCGCGCCUCUCCCUCAGCCGUCGGAGCUACUGCUGGUGCCGGUCGCCCUGCAGCCGCCAUCAGUGACUCCCCUACAGACGCCACCCGUAUCUCCCCUGUAGGCCCCAAUUACAGGAAAAUAUAUCCCAGUCCACCUGUUGAUGAGAAUGUGUUCAAGUCCAAGGAAGCCAUGUGGGCCUUCUAUGAGUAUUGGUUCAAGGCAUUUAGUGAUACCGCAAGGCGUGUGUACGAGUUCAACACUUCUUCCAGUUCCAGCUAUGGCGGGUUGGCAAUGAACCCACUAGCAGAUGCGACCAAUGAGGAAAGGAAACUUCUAAGAGGAUAUAGGCCUUUAAAAAAAUGAUUUCAGCCCUUUUCUGAUGUACUCUUGUGUGAGCCCUUAAGCCUUAAGUUAUGCCUCUGUGUACCAAGACCUCUUAAGUUCCUAGCAGUACUGUGUGCUGCUUUGUUGCAUGCACAUUUUAGCUUUAAAUAAAAGCCUCUAUCUGCAUGUAUAUUGGACAAUUAUCUAUUGCUUUGAUGUAUGAGCUCAUUUAGCUUUGAUAAAAGCUAUAUUUCCUAUACCUC